UCCAGAGCUAUCAACAUCGAGCCGCGAUGGACCGCAGUCUCGACGAAAUCAUCGGCGAACGCCCUGAGCGCUCACGAGGAGGUGGCGGCAGAGGCAGAGGGGGACGAGGUGGCGGAGGCGAUCGACGACCAGCGCUGGCGGCGAGAGCGCCAUGGAGAGAAGAGUAUCCCAGAGACGGCGUGAGAAAGUACCGACGCGACGAACCCGCAAACAUUGACUCCGACUGGGUCCACGAUCGCUUCGAAGACGACCGCUACGAUAGGCGCAGCCGCGCUCCAGCCGACGAUAGAUAUGGCGGACGAGAUCCUGAAUCCACCGGCAGCAAGCUCCGAGUCGACAACAUUCACUACGAGCUGACUGAGGACGAUCUGAGGGAACUUUUUGAACGUGUGGGUCCCACCUUGUCCGUGAGGCUCCUGUACGAUCGUCAGGAUCGCUCGCAAGGGACUGCGUACGUUAUCUAUGAGGACGAGCGAGACGCGCGCGAUGCUCUCCACAAGUUUGACGGACAGAACGCCAAUGGCCAACCUAUCCGCAUUUCGCUCAUGCCGAGCGGUCCAUCACGAGACGCGCCACCGCGCGGUAUUGCGGAUCGAAUUGAGCGCCAACCACGCAGCAUUUUUGAUAGAAUCACAUCAAGCAGGGAUGACAGCAGAGAUGGUGGUAGAAGACCCAGGCAGCGAAGCGACAGUCCUCGCAAGAGCGAUAGGCUAGCCGCCCCAGAUGUCGACCGUUACGUCCCUGGACGUGGCUCUCGGUCGCCCAUCAGACGCAGAGGCACCCCGCGCGGAGGAGGUCGCAGGCCGGGCGAGCGCAGGGAAGACAGAGGUGGCAGAGGCCCGCGCGAGCCACGAGAGCGGAAGCCGCGGGUCGAUGGCGAGGGCAGACCGCUCGUGGGAGGCAGACCAAGGAAGACGGCGGAAGAGCUAGAUGCAGAAAUGAAUGAUUACUGGGGCGGUAGCAAAGAUGACACACCAGCGGGAAACAGUAGCGCUGCUACCGAAGCCAAUGGAGCGUGGAAUGGUCGCGCAACCGAUGACAUCGACAUGGACAUAUAGAUGCCAUGCAGGAAGACGAAAAGGCGUGUAUGGUCAAAGACGACAUCACAGGCUCUCGUUAGAAGAAUAUGUACAAGAAGCAUGCUCCGUACUGGCACGCAAAAACAGCACGCUAUGCCACGAACGCAGCUACGGCCGCUAUACCAAUACCAAUACCAAUGCUCAAG